UGACAUUUAAAAAAAGUGAGUUUCCUAACGAGGUUAUGUUUACUGGAUGAUUUUGUCGAGUCAGAUCAGAAUUUUGCGAAGUUCAGAAUCAUUACAUACUAUACACAACAAAAAGCAAGAUGUUACUGACUUUAAAAACUCUUCAACAACAAACUUUUCAGAUAGAAAUAGACCCUCAAGAGACUGUCAAAGCGCUGAAGCUUAAAAUUGAAGUGGAAAAAGGUAAAGAUUAUGCGGCAGACAAUCAAAGACUUAUUUAUGCGGGUAAGAUUCUUCUCGAUGAUAAUAAACUGCAUACGUAUAAUAUAGAUGAAAAGAAAUUCAUCGUUAUCAUGGUGACAAAACCGAAAACUUCCGAUAAUCAACAAGCGUCGUCGACCUCGGCGCCAGAAGCCGGGGAAAGUGCGUCAACUGAAAGCGGCGACGGCAAAAGUAAAGUGGUCGAAGAAAAACCAAAACCUCAGCCUGCAGCGGAACCUGAGCGUGCAUCUGAACCACCAGUAACAUCAAAUGAGCCAGAUUUUGAAUCAACAGUGCAAAGCAUUAUGGAUAUGGGCUAUAAUAGACAACAAGUAGAACAAGCUCUCCGUGCUUCAUUUAAUAAUCGUGAAAGAGCUGUAGAAUAUCUCAUAACAGGAAUCCCUGAAGAGCUACUUCAAGAACAGGAAGCUGAAGAAAGUGCUGAUGAAGACCCCUUGGGCUUUCUUCGGGAUCAACCACAGUUUCAACAAAUGCGUGCAGUGAUUCAACAGAAUCCUAAUUUACUGAAUACUGUGUUGCAGCAAAUUGGUCAAACAAACCCAGCUUUACUUCAAGCUAUUAGUCAGCAUCAACAGGCUUUUGUGAGAAUGUUGAAUGAGCCUGUGAACCCAUCUGCAGCUGGAGCCGUAGCCGAGGAGGCAGUGCCUGACAAUCCAGUGCCCCAACAGCCUCAAAAUGUUAUUCAAGUAUCUCCUCAAGACAAAGAGGCUAUUGAAAGAUUAAAAGCCUUAGGUUUUCCAGAACAUAUGGUUAUUCAAGCGUAUUUUGCGUGUGAGAAAAACGAAAAUCUUGCUGCAAAUUUCUUGUUGUCGCAAAAUUUUGAUGAUUAACAUAUGUUUUGUUUUAUCCAUUAUGAUAAAUAGCAGUAUAUUAAGUUGUAUACUGUAUCUCUAACAAUUAUAACAACAGACAGCCUAAUAGAUUUAACCUUAUGCUUUGUACAUUUCCCUCUGGUGUAUUUUUGCACAUAAAUUUACAAGAUUUCAUGAUAAAACAUACUACAAAUUCUUCACUAUAUUAUGCAAAUAAAACAGUUGUUAUUUCAUUUUUAAUUUCACUUUAUAGUUUACAAAGAAUUUGUUUCCAUACUAUUACGAUAAUAGUGAAAUUCUAUUUGAAGUUCCAUUGAUGUAGUAAAUUAAUAAAACCUUUAUUGUAAAAGCUUUUAUCAAUCGAGAAUUUAAUGCGAUGUUUUACUUUCUUUGUCAUGAUUUAUAUGAGUGUAAAAUGGAUAUGUUUCUGAUAUUGAUGCACAAGAAUUAAUUAUCAAUUCAAAUUGGAAUUAUACAUAAAUUUUAUUAUUUAUUAAUAAUAAGGGACAAACCAAAAAUAACACUAUUUUAGUUUUGGUUAUAACAGGACCCAACAAACUGUUUCCACAAAUAUGUAGUGUGUUCUUUUCUACAGUCCGUAAUUUUUCCUAUAGCCAGUUCUGAAUAGAAAUUUAAGAAAUUGUUUUUCUGGUCCUAAAAUCAGUACUUGAAUCUGGCUUAAUUUAGUACUUUAAUCAAACUUAAUUGAUUUUUUUCUUGAAAUAAUCCCGGAAUUAAAUUGCCGCCAAAAUUAUUCAAUUUGGUUUGACCGUUCUGUUUAUCUUUUCAUAGCCUGUUAUUUUUAGGUUUACUCAAGACAUCGCUGUUUGUUGAGAAAUAAAAAGCGUUCUAUCAA